GUAACAGUAAGUAGUCAUGGCUGCUCCAAAUGGGAGCGAAUACUUGGAGGUAAGAACCGAUGAUGGAAGCAGAAGAGAAUCCUUCGCUAAUCCUUCUAAUGCCGAAGCUGUGGAGAGAGACGAAGAAGAACUCUUUUGGGCUGCGAUUGAGAGAUUACCUUCUCAGAAACGUAGGAAUUUGGCGUUCUUGACAACAAGAAAUAUCUCUGGAGAUUCAGAUGAGGAGGAAGAGAAAACAGAGAUGAUCGAUGUUCGUAAAUUGAGUCAUAAAGCUCGUGAACUUGUUGUUCAAGAAGCUCUUGCAACCAACGAACAAGAUAAUAGUGAACUCUUGUCUGCCAUUAAAAAAAGACUCGAUAGUGCAGGAUUGAUGGUUCCAAGUAUGGAAGUAAGGUUCAAAAACCUAUGCAUCACAGCUGAUAUUCAAAUAGGCAGGAGAGCAUUGCCUACAUUGUUGAAUUAUUACAGAGAUGCUAUAGAGCAAAUUUUAACCAGUUUGAAGAUCUUUCGCCCCAAAAGGCAUUCGCUUAAGAUAUUGGAUAACGUCAGUGGCGUUGUGAAACCAGGAAGGAUGACCUUACUUUUGGGACCACCUGGCUCUGGAAAAUCCUCUUUACUUUUAGCUCUUGCAGGGAAACUCGACCCAAACUUAAAGAAAACUGGGAAUAUUAUAUACAAUGGACAUGAGCUUGAUGAGUUCUGUGUUCAGAGGACUUCUGCAUACAUUAGUCAAACAGAUACUCAUAUAGCUGAGCUAACAGUACGGGAGACAUUAGAUUUUGCUGCAAGAUGUCAAGGUGCUGGCCAAGAAUUUGCAGGGUAUUUGAAAGAUCUGGACAAACUGGAGAAGGAAAAGAACAUACACCCCAGUACAAAAAUUGAUGCAUAUAUGAAGGCAUCAUCUGUCAGUGGCAAGAAGCAUAGUCUUUCUACAGAUUACAUCUUGAAAGUUCUAGGUCUUGAUAUCUGUGCAGAAACACUAGUGGGUAAUGAUAUGCUCAGAGGUGUUUCAGGUGGUCAGAGAAAGCGAGUCACUACUGGUGAAAUGGUUGUCGGGCCAAGAAAAACCAUUUUCAUGGAUGAAAUAUCUACUGGUCUUGAUAGCUCAACAACCUACCAAAUUGUAAAAUGCACUGGAAACUUUGUUCACCAAAUGGGAGGCACUGUCUUGAUGUCUCUUCUUCAGCCUGCACCUGAAACGUUUGAUUUGUUUGAUGACCUUAUACUAUUAUCUGAAGGACAUAUUGUCUAUCAAGGACCUCGAUCAGAAGCAGUGAGGUUCUAUGAAUCAUUAGGCUUUAAACUUCCACCGCGUAAGGGAAUCGCAGAUUUUCUUCAAGAGGUUACCUCCAGAAAGGAUCAAGCACAAUAUUGGGCUGAUUCUUUAAAACCCUAUGUGUUUCUUCCUGGUUCAAAGAUUGCAGAUGCAUUCAAGGACUCUGAAUUUGGACAUUCUUUGCACUCCACUCUUGAAGUUCCAUAUGAUAAAACCAAGAAUCUUCCUUCAGCUCUUGCCAAGACAAACUUUGCCAUAUCAAAAUGGGAACUCUUCAAAGCGUGUUUUGCACGAGAAGUUUUGCUGAUUCGUAGGAACAGUUUCCUUUAUAUUUUCAGAACGUGCCAAGUUGCAUUUGUUGGAUUCAUUACAUGCACAAUGUUUCUACGAACAAGAAUACAUCCUACAAACGAGAUGAAUGGGAACCUCUAUCUUUCUUGCUUGUUUUUCGGACUGGUGCAUAUGAUGUUUAAUGGAUUUACUGAGUUACCUAUUAUUAUAAGUCGACUCCCAAUCUUUUAUAAGCAAAGAGAUAAUUUGUUUCAUCCUGCUUGGGCAUGGUCCAUUCCUAGUUGGCUUUUGCGUGUGCCUUAUUCCAUCAUUGAAGCUGUUGUAUGGUCUUGUGUUGUAUAUUACACAGUUGGGUUUGCCCCUAGUACUGGGAGGUUUUUCUGCUUCAUGUUCCUACUAUUUUCAGUACACCAAAUGGCACUGGGGCUGUUCCGGAUGAUGGGUGCUCUUGCACGAGAUAUGGUCAUUGCCAAUACAUUUGGAGCUGCAGCUGUACUAAUUGUACUUUUGUUGGGUGGAUUUAUGAUACCAAAAGCAAUGAUCAAGCCAUGGUGGGUGUGGAUGUUUUGGUUGUCACCAUUGCAAUAUGCACAGCGUGCAAUUUCAGUUAAUGAAUUUACAGCCACAAGAUGGAUGGAGAGAUCUAUGCAUGGAAACAAUACUGUUGGAUAUUCUGUUCUCCAAUCACAUGGUCUACCAAAUAAUUCUUACUGGUAUUGGAUUGGAGCUGGUGUUUUAUUGGUGUAUGCACUGGUUUUCAAUGUUGUGCUAACUCUUGCUUUGGCUUACCUCAACCCUCUUAGAAAGCCACAGACAGCGAUUCCACUUGAUGCUAUGGAACAGAAUUCUGAUGGUGAUGCAGUAAGAAGUCAGCUGUCUGACUCGAUACACAUAUCUACUCAAAAUAAAGCAGCAAAGAAGGGAAUGAUUCUUCCAUUUCAGCCAUUAUCAUUGACAUUUCAUCACAUCAACUACUUUGUUGACAUGCCGAAGGAAAUGACUGAAAAGGGGAUUCCAGAAAAGAAGUUACAACUCUUGUCUGAAGUGAGCGGAGUAUUCUCACCUGGUGUUCUUACUGCAUUAGUUGGUUCAAGCGGAGCUGGAAAAACCACUCUAAUGGACGUGCUUGCUGGUAGAAAGACUGGUGGAUAUAUAGAAGGGGAGAUUAGGAUAUCGGGUUAUGCAAAAGAGCAAGGCACUUUUGCCCGAAUCUCAGGAUAUGUUGAACAAUCUGAUAUCCAUUCUCCUCAAGUUACGGUUGAAGAGUCGUUAUUGUUCUCUUCAAGUCUCCGCCUUCCGAAGGAAAUCAGCCAAGAAAGUAAACGAGAGUUUGUUGAACAAGUAAUGGCGUUAGUAGAGCUUGAUACUCUAAGGCAUGCUUUGGUUGGUUUGCCUGGAAAUACUGGCUUAUCAACUGAACAGAGAAAACGCCUGACAAUUGCGGUGGAGCUUGUCGCAAAUCCCUCCAUUAUUUUUAUGGAUGAACCCACAUCAGGAUUGGAUGCAAGGGCAGCAGCCAUCGUGAUGCGUACUGUUCGUAAUACUGUUGAUACUGGUCGAACAGUGGUUUGCACAAUACAUCAACCAAGUAUUGAUAUAUUUGAAGCAUUUGAUGAGCUACUUCUUAUGAAACGUGGGGGCCAAGUUAUAUAUGGUGGGAAGCUUGGUAAGAACUCACAAAUUAUGAUUGAUUACUUCCAGAAUAUUAGUGGAAUUUAUCCAAUUCCCAGUGGCUACAAUCCAGCAACUUGGAUGCUUGAGAUCACUACACCUGCUGCUGAACGGAGAAUUGGUCAAGAUUUUGCACACAUAUACAGGAACUCUGAUCAAUACAGGGAAGUGGGAGCUUCGAUUGAGAGUUUGAGCAUCCCACCUGAUGGUUCUGAGCCUCUAAAUUUUGCUUCUACAUAUGAACAAGAUAGUAUUUCUCAAUUUGGGAUAUGUUUAUGGAAGCAAAAUCUUGUGUAUUGGAGAAGUCCCCAAUACAAUGCCAUGCGUUUAUUCUUUACUACACUUAGUGCAAUAAUAAUUGGCUCAAUAUUUUGGGAUGUUGGUUCAAAAAGGGACACAACAGAGAACUUAUUAAUGGUUAUGGGUGCUCUUUAUGCUUCAAGCUUGUUUCUUGGAGUCAACAAUUCUUCUACAGUGCAGCCAAUUAUUUCUGUUGAGAGGACAGUCUUCUAUAGAGAGAGAGCAGCUGGAAUGUACUCUCCAUUUCCUUAUGCGGUAGCCCAGGGUCUGAUAGAGAUUCCAUACAUUGCCAUGCAAACAAUAUUAUUUGGUGUCAUCACAUAUUUCAUGAUUAAUUUUGAAAGAACAAUAGUAAAGUUUCUGUUCUACCUUCUAUUCAUGUUCCUCACGUUUACCUACUUUACGUUCUACGGGGUUAUGGCGGUUGGUCUCACACCUAAUCAGCAGUUAGCGGCUGUCAUUUCUUCAGCAUUCUACUCGUUGUGGAACCUCCUUUCAGGUUUUAUUGUCCCAAAACCAAGCAUACCAGGAUGGUGGAUUUGGUUUUACUAUAUUUGUCCAGUAGCUUGGACCCUAAGGGGUAUCAUAUCCUCUCAGCUAGGCGACGUGGAGACUCUAAUUGUCGAGCCUGAAUUUAAGGGAUCUGUCAAAGAGUAUAUCAAUGUCAGUCUUGGCUAUGGGCCAGGAAUGAUCGGUGUUUCUGUGGCAGUGCUCAUUGCCUUCAUUAUCUUCUUCUUCAGUGUUUAUGCAAUCUCCAUCAAGAUUCUCAACUUCCAAAAAAGAUAAGGAUUCACAGAUUUGUGACUCUUCUUUCAAGGAAAUUA